AUGUUCCGGCUGUGGGGUGGCAUAAGUCGCAAUUUGGGUAGGAGCUUCUCUACAACCCGAAGAUUAAGGUUCCUACCAGGUGCGGCAACCCCAUUCGAACAAGAGGAGGAGCAACGUGAAAGCCAGGGCAAUAGCAGCAAUGGCAGUCGCCAGAUCUUGCUGAAGGCGGGCGAAACAGCGGCCGUGAUGAUUGCUUCGCUAGCACUUCUUGGUCUCGCUGGUUUGUGCUACCAUCGUGGCUAUCUCUGGCACACCCAUCGUAAAGUCUCAAUGGCUUUCGACGGGUGGGACGAGGAUCUGCGAGCGUACUAUAAGGCACGCCAAGCAGCAAGCCUGUGUGAUUGGGUAGAGCGAGACCAGCAGCAGCUUGUUGACGAUAUUGUUUCUGGAAAGCUAAUUGGUAGGUAUUACAUGCUUUUCGGCGAGAAAGGUACGGGCAAAACCUCAAUGAUGCUGUCUGCUCUCGCCAAAGUUGAAAACUUCAAUGUGGUGUCUGUUGAAGCCCACGCCGAUCCUGAAAUUUUCCGAAUUCGACUAGGGAAGGCUCUGAACUUUGAGUUCUUUGAGGACUACCUGGGAUCUUUGUUUUCGAUUCGUGGCCCCCGCGAAAACACAGCCAUCAUGGACAUCGAGCGUGCUCUAACCGUCCUUGAACAGGUAGCCAUUCUUCGCAAAAGAAAGACAAAACGGCCACUGGUUGUUAUUAUCAACAGUGCACAUCUCAUAAGAGAUGACGAGGAGGGGCGAAAUCUUGUGGAGCUACUCCAACAAAAGGCUGAGACGUUGUCAGGCUUGGGUCUAGCCACGGUUGUCUUCAAUAGUGACGACUAUUGGCUCUAUGAGCGACUGAAGAAACUGGGCACGCGUCUUGAUGUGAUUGCUACAGCCGAUUUUUCGCGUUCCCAGGCAAUUCAGCUCAUCAAGUCUUCGCGCGCUCGUUACUUUGGUCAGAAUAUCAGCGACAUUGAAGCUGCUACUGUUUACCACCUAGUAGGUGGACGUGCCCAGCAUAUUGCAGCGGUCACUUUACACAAAGAUAUGAUCCAAGCUUGUCACAAACUCAUAGACAAAGAAAAGCAAUGGUUCCUCAACCAGUGUGGACUAUUGGGCGAGGACAUGGACGACGACGUGAUGGAAAGUGGUAAGUUUUCGACUUCUGCCAUGACACUAGCCCGCGAAAUGGUCCGGAUAUAUAACCACAAUAUCUCCACUGCAUCUCCAAUGUCCGAUGCAGAAGACCCCGUCCCCAAAAUCCCGCUAUGGCGAGCUCGUCAAAUCAUGACUCGUCCGGACUAUAUUCAGGAUUAUGACAAUCUGAACAUUUUCACUCUGGACUCGUAUUCUCGGGUCAAACCUGACUCUAUGGUAAUGAUGCAUGCCUUUAAUGAAAUUGCUUCAAUGCCCGGUUUCGAUGAGCUCCUAGAGGAGACAAUGGACAGAGUCGCUGCCAUCGAGAGCUUGGGCCGGACCCGGGAGAUUGUGCUCAAGGACUUGGUCGAAGGGGGAAAGUACAAGUUCGACGGAAAAUACAUACAAUUGGAAGCACCCGAAGAAAACGAUCAUGAUGACGGUGAUGGCCAUUUACUCCUUGAUGAAGGUGAUAGGUUUUAUUGGAAACGUAGAGUGCCUAAGGGCCUUUUGAACUCGUCGAAACGUCACGAGCCUUCUCAUUGA